ACUGUGAUUCAGUACUAUGAUAAGUUCUCACCAACAACAUCCCAACUACGGGUUCCUCUCCAGCAUGGACCUCCAUUCCGUUCAUCAUGUGAGCCAGGAUAUAAACCAGCAGACAUCAACCUCGCAGGAGCAACACAUCAAGAGGCCUAUGAACGCGUUUAUGGUAUGGUCUCGGAUUCAGAGAAAAAAGAUCGCAUUAGAUAACCCUAAGAUGCAUAAUUCAGAAAUAUCUAAACGACUUGGUGCUGAAUGGAAGCUUCUCUCUGAUUCGGAAAAACGACCCUUCAUCGACGAGGCAAAACGUUUACGUGCUGUCCAUAUGAAGCAACAUCCAGACUACAAGUACCGUCCACGAAGAAAACCAAAGAUUCCAGUAUCCAUCAACAAUGGUAAAGCAGUGUCACUAAAUUCAGGUGCUUUUGCCACUUUCCCAUUACCGCCUUACUUCGCUGCAUCUGCCACGCCAGUUUCUCAUCAUCACCACCAUCCACAUCCUCUCGAUUAUCCGCCUCUGCCGCCCUACUUUGGAUCCGCCUUCGACGCCGUCCACUUGAGCAAGCUGGUAGCUGGUAGUGGGACAGGAUCGCCAUCGACGAACGCGGCGGCAGAUGCGGCCAACAAUAACGCAGCUUCUGCGGCAGCAGUAGUCACUAGCUUCUAUUCGGGAUUAUAUUCCACACCUACAGCACCAGCUAAGCCGUAUCCGACGACGACGUCUCAUCUGGGACCACUAUUUCCAACUGGGCACCACAGCGUACCAUCGACUACACCUCACCCACCUUUAAUGUUCCAAUCUUCGACGUCAACUGAUCCCGGAAGCAUUGCGACGACGACCAGCAGUCCAGGAAGCAGUCCAGCAUCUACUCCUGUACCAUCGUCCCAUCAGCAUGUCCCUACAUCGGCUACGCAGACCACGUUGGAUAUGGAGCAGCUACGUCGACCAGUCCCCGUGUUAUAUUAAACCCACCGAUUUAGACAAAAAGGAAGGUUAGGAGGGGCGAAAAACUUGCAACAUCCCAGGAACAAGAAGAGAUUAACAAAUGAAAAGGAAUAAAAGUUGGAAAUAGAAGAGAAACAGAAAAACAGAUGAAACACAAAAUUUGAGAUUCGUUCGCGAACUAUUAUGAUCUGUCAGGAUAGGUAGGAUCGUGCAAGUUUAGUUUUUAAAAAUCGUAUAUCGUGAUCAGUUUAUAUCAUAUUUCUGAUUGCAUUUAUGAUCUCCCGUGCGGGAAAACGGCAUAAUAUACUUAUAUCGGCAGCGCUCGAGAGCUGAAACACGAGAUAUAUAUGAGAAACAUCGACGAACUUAACGUACACACAACCGUGGACACAACCGUGGGAAUCUUUUUACCGAUUACGAAUUAGUUUACUGAUCGUAGAGUGGGAGAGGGAACGGAGGCGUGAUUUUCAAGGGCGAUCGAUUCGGGGUUCGGGAAAGGCUUGCCGGCAUCCACGCGGAUAAUUGAAUUAGCAUAUUAAUGUGAUGGAACAAAAGAGCCGUUUAGGUCCGGAAUUCGUUUUGCUUUAUUGAAUGUGCUUCAUUGUAUACUCAAAGUGUACAUGAAUAGAUGAUGCCCUCCUCCCGUGAGAUGAACUGUAUUGUUUUCAAAUAAUGUUUUCUAAUUGCAGAUAUACCUUUUAUGGUCAUCGAUACCAAAAGAGAUCUUGAUCUGCGUGAAUGAUAUCAAGCAAAUGCUUUCGAACACCCGCGGCGCGGCGCUCUUGAGAUCACUUCUGGCGCGCCACCUUUCUCCGACCUCUAGGCCUUACGAUCUAUUGUUCUACUCCUUUGAUUUCGAACAGGCCUCGACUUACCUACGUCGGUGGAAAUGGCUUGGUCCGUCCACGCUUUACGCCCCAUGGCUCGUUAUUGACUCUCGAGCGUUACCAUAUAUCGUUUUAAUAUAUCGUUUCUACGAUUGUAAAUAGUUCGUAAAAUACACAAAUCGCGUAGGUUAAGUGUACGAGUCGUGUUUGCUUAUGGUUUUUAGAAAUUAGAUAUUUCGUAAAACAGCGCGUCUUGCGUAUCCGUCAAAUCUUAUUUUGCUCAAUAACUACUCAUUCGCAUUCAACUAAACAAGUAGACAGAUUGAAACUUUUUACUCAAAAUUCCAAAAAACUUUUCUAUAUAAACGUGCACAAGUAAGAACUGUAUGAAAAAACAGGUAAUGACUAACAUAAAGCGAGAUCUACUUUGAAGACCUAAAAA